AUGGUCGAGGACGUGGCUGAGGCCGUGGACAUGGCAGAAACUCUAAAAGGUCUGAAAUACAAUGUUAUGUUUGCAAAAGGUAUCAUAAACCAGACAAAAGAACAAACAAGGUCUUGUUUAGGAAUGCCUUCUCACAACUCAAAGAAGGUAAUCCGUGAUGAUGAUGAGGUAGAAUUUGAGAAGAUGAAAAGAGAGAUUGAAGCUAGCCAGGAAAAUGCAUUGAGCCUGUGCACAGAGAAAGUUUUGCUAGCCCAACAAGCUUGUGAACCCAUAGAGGGCCAUUUGAAGCGCCUAGAUGAGGAUUUGAACCAGUUUGCAGAAGACUUAAAGCAAGAAGGAAAGAUUCCACCAGAUGAACCAGCUAUUCGUCCUCCACUUCCUAUAGUGAAUAGGGAUGAAAAACGCAAGGGAGGUUAUUUAACUCCUCAACCAAAGAGGCUCAGAGAAAGGGAUUGGGAUAGAGACCGGGAUAUGGAUAUAGAACUUAUGCCUCCUCCAGGUAGUGAUAGAAAAAAUAUUCCAGCAUCUGCUGACGUUGAUCAACCUAUUGACCCAAAUGAGCCAACAUAUUGUGUCUGCCAUCAGGUGUCAUUUGGAGAUAUGAUCGCAUGUGACAAUGAAAAUUGUGAAGGAGGUGAAUGGUUCCAUUAUUCAUGUGUCGGACUCACUCCAGAAACAAGAUUUAAAGGGAAGUGGUUCUGCCCAACCUGUCGGAAUCAACAAUGAAUUCUAGAAUAGUCGGCCUGGGUAGAAAGAGGUGGUCUCCUACGAGUUCAACAGCCCAUCAGCAAUAGCCAUUUUUUUUUUCUUUUUCCUGCAACAUUCUUAAGCUGUGGGAAACACCUUGUUGUAUCGAUGUA